AACUGGAUGAACCUGCGUGAUGCUGAGACUGGGAAAGUGCUGUGGCAGGGAACAGAGGACCUGUCUCUUCCUGGGGUCGAACAUGAAGGUACUGGCACCUCCUGGCUGGUUUACUGUCGGCUUUCCUCCUGGUGUAGAACGUGUAUUACUAGGCCAUAUCUUCCUACCACUACCAAGAUGGCCACUCUGUUCUUUUUGUGAUUUUAUUUUAUUAAACAUAUAAAUAAAUACUGGGGUUGAUGCAUACAAUAGGCUUUACAGACGUCAAAUUGGAAAUGUAAACAAAGAGAUUGCUGGCAAAUAAAACAAAUCUAACUUUAUUUUAAAGAAGCAAGGCAUUCACAGCAACUCUGACCAUUUCAAUAAUGACUGUCCACGGCCUCAGUCCUGCUUUGAUAACCACUUAGGUCUAACCAUCCCAGCAGUCUGGCAGUUUGUCCUCGAGCUUGAACCCUAACAAUGUCAAAAUUAGGCUUGUGCGAUAGACCGUUUAUACUGUAUACCGGGGUAUUUCAAAAUAGACAGAAUGAUUUUCAAUACCGUAGAGGGGAAAAAAGCAGUGCGUGCUACACCACUGCUUAUAACUAUUAGUUGAGUAUAACAUCUAAGAUGUCAAAUUAUAUCCAGCUCAGGGCUAAGUGGCUAGAUGUCAAGAUCAAGCGUCUUGGUUACAGCAGAGCCAUUCAAUCCCCUCCUGGAUCAGGAUCCAUGUUGCCAAAAAUUUUUGCAUAUUUUUUUUUAUGGUAAAGAAAAUAGAAAUUGCGCUCCUUGUGUGCACAUUUGGGAAUACCGUAUACCCCGGUAUAGUACAGAAACUGAAUAACUGUAUGACAAGCUGGAUACCGCCCAACCCUAGUUAAAAUGCCCAAAAUGAUUAUCAAUUUACCUCUACACAUAGUUAUAUCAAUGUUGUGUAUAUUACAAUCUAUAGAAAAUGCAGGUAGUUAGAAAGUAUAUUAGAAUCUCUUAUGGGAGAAAGUAGCCUAGCUCUUGGAAAACAUCAGGCUGUUGCUUUGAGUGCAAUCUAUUCUCUCCUAAUUAGUAGUUUGACGGUCCCAUUCAUUUCCUUGCAGCUCGAGUCCCCAAGAAAAUACUCAAGUGCAAAGCUGUGUCCAGAGAGCUAAAUUUCUCUUCGUCAGAAAAGCUGGAAAAGUUCCGCCUUGAACAGAAGGUUUUCUUCAAAGGCCAAUGCUUAGAAGGUACUAGUCUAUUUGAUCUGUUUCAAUAAUCAUGUUUAUUAUAGAUGUACUCUAUAAGAAUACAAUGUCUGUGCAUAGUGAAUUCAAUCAUUAAAUGUCUCUCUACCUGCAGAAUGGUUCUUUGAGUUUGGCUUUGUGAUUCCCAACUCCACAAACACAUGGCAGUCUUUGAUAGAGGCAGCGCCAGAGUCUCAGAUGAUGCCCGCAAAUGUUUUAACGUAAGAGGAAAUCCAUUUUUUUUUGGGCUUUUUGGUCAUUCCCCUGCAGUUGGUUUGUGCAAUUGUUUGUCAGUAGUAUAAAACAUGCACUCACUAGGCUACAUCUUGAAUAAGUAAUUAGGCUACAGUGAAAUAUUCCUUCACUUAUUUAUUCUAUGCCAAACUUGCAGGAAACCGUCAUUUCCUUUAUAUGGGACUGCUUUGUCUCAGUGUUUGCUGAUUUGUAAUGUUUCUUUCUCUCCCUUGCAGUGGGAAUGUUGUUAUAGAGACCAAGUUCUUUGACGACGACCUUCACGUCAGCACCUCCCGGGUACGACUUUUCUACGUCUGA